CGUAUUGGAUAUCUGAGUCGUGCCCAGUUUUGGGCGUCUCACCGAUUGUCUGAUAACAUAGCUGCCUUCGAACUCGCCGUAAAACUCGGCGCUAAAAUACACCGAAUCUCGUAAGAACUAGGACAGCGGGCGAGAAGAAUGGCAGUGGAGGUAAAACACCCGCUCGAUAGCCCCGCCACGGAUCUGCUGGAAGUGAGUCGCCAUCGUUUGGAAGGUUUGCCUACCCAUAUGGAAGAGCGUGAUGCGGACGUUAUGAGGGCAUUCAUUGAUUCUAUGGGUACAAUGGGAGAAGUAGAAAUAGCGACGGAAUUUAACCGGGAAAGCGAGGAAUGGAUGGAACAACAAAGCGCUGCUCGACUCUUCGAAAGGUCACGAAUCAAAGUCCUUGCAGAUGAAAGAGAAAGAGUUCAAAAGAAAACAUUCACAAAAUGGAUCAACUCGCAUCUACAAAGAGUUGGAGCAAGAGUCAACGAACUUUACCACGACCUUCAAGAUGGAAGGAAACUCAUUCUCUUGUUAGAAGUGUUAUCCGGAGAGAAACUGCCCAAACCCUCCAAGGGGCGGAUGCGAAUCCACAAUCUAGAAAAUGUUGAAAAAAGUUUAGUUUUCUUGAAAAAACAAAGGGUGCAUCUAGAGAAUGUUGGUGCUCAUGAUAUUGUUGACGGCAAUCAGAAAAUCACUUUGGGUUUGAUCUGGACAAUCAUUCUUAGAUUCCAGAUCCAAGAUAUCACAAUUGAAGGAGAAACAACAGAGAAGAGAUCUGCCAAAGAUGCUUUACUUUUGUGGUGCCAGUCUAAGACUGUUGGAUAUCGCAGUGUUACAAUCACUAACUUCACAACAAGUUGGAGAGAUGGCCUGGCUUUCAAUGCCAUCAUUCACCGGCAUAGACCUGACCUUAUUGAGUUUGAGAAGCUGACAAAGGCAGAUGCAGAGCAGAACCUAGAGCAGGCAUUUGAAGUUGCAGAGACCCAACUUGGCAUAACACCACUGCUAGACGCAGAAGACGUUAACGUGGACUUUCCUGAUGAGAAGUCCAUCCUUACUUAUGUGGCUGCAUAUUAUCACUACUUUGCAAAGAUGAAGACCGUAGAAGUCAGUGGUAGCAGAAUUGGCAAGGUCAUUGAGCGCAUAAAAGAGAACGAAGAGCUCAUCAUUGACUAUGAGAAGCUUGCAUCAGAUCUCCUGGAAUGGAUUGAGAUCAAGAUUAUCCAGCUUGGCGAAAGAGAGUUUGCCAACACCCUCCUUGGAGUGCAACAACAGAUGCUGGAAUUCAACCAAUACAGAACACAGGAGAAACCUCCAAGAUUUGUUGAGAAGGGUAAUCUGGAGGUGCAGCUCUUUAUCCUGACCAGCAAAAUAAGAGCCAAUCACCAAAAGCCUUACAUUCCGCCUGAGGGGAGAGGCAUGAUUGACAUCAAUAGGGCUUGGGAAAGACUCGAGAAGUCAGAACAUGAGAGAGAGCUUGCUCUGCGUGAAGAGCUAAUGAGACAAGAAAGACUUGAAAUGCUUGCAGCCAAGUUUGAUCGAAAGUAUGCAAUGCGUGAGACCUGGUUGAAUGAGAAUCAGCGCCUGGUUGCUGUUGACAACUUUGGUAACGACCUGGCUGCCGUGGAGGCUGCAACUAAAAAGCAUGAAGCUAUUGAAACAGACAUCAUGGCAUAUGAAGAGCGGGUCAAUGCCAUUGUUGCUGUGGCAGAAGAGCUUCACCGAGAGAACUAUCACGACUCAGAACGCAUCCAAGUCUGCAAAGGGAGGAUCAUACAGUUGUGGGAACUGUUGCUAGUGCUGAUAAAGCAGAGGCGCGUGCGUUUAGAGAAAUGCAUGCAGCUGCAGCGUGUGUUCCAGGAGAUGAUCAACAUUAUUGACUGGAUGGAUGAGAUCAAGAUUGGACUGUUGUCGGAGGACUAUGGCAAGCACUUAUUGGGAGUAGAGGAUUUGCUACAGAAGCACAGCCUAGUGGAGGCGGACAUUGCUGCCCAGGCAGAUAGGGUUAAGACUGUGAAUGCCCAGGCUGAGGCUUUUUUGCAUGUGGAAGACGAAGAAGAACAUAAACCAGAUGAGGCACAAAUCAGAGAUCACCAAGCUGAGCUGGAGGGAGCAUACAAUGAGCUUCUUCAGCUUGCGGCUGCUCGUCGGGCACGCCUUGAGGAGUCUCUCAAGCUGCAGAGCUUCUACCGCAAUGCUGACGAAGAAGAGAUGUGGGUGACAGAGAAGGACUACUUUGUGCAGUCUACUGAUUAUGGUCAUGACCUUAACACAGCAAUGAUUCUCCUUACCAAGCAUGAGGCUGUGGAGCGCGAAAUGACAGCACGCAAUGCCCAGACCAAGGCUGUGGCCCGCAAUGGUGAGGAGUUACUUGAGGCUGUCCCAUAUGCAACUGACACCAUCCAGAAUAGACUGGACACCAUCAGAUCCAAGUGGGAUAAACUGCAUGACAAUGCCGCUUACCGCAAGAAGAAGAUUCAGGAAAACCUCAAGCUGCAGCAGUUUAUUGCUGAAUACAAUGACAUUAUGUCUUGGUGUGAUAUGAUGGAGAGGAUUGUAGCUAAUGAUGAUCUUGGUUAUGAUGAACACAGUGCGGAAGUACUUGUCAAGAAGCAUCAUGCUGUAGAGGAAGGCAUCCAGGGCUAUGCCUCUGAAGUCAAAGCUUUUCAUUGCCAAGUUGAUGGUCUUGGUGAUGAGGAUAAGUCAUCCCCUGAAGUUGUUGACAGAUGCAACACACUGGAUGAGCGGUACAGUGCCCUUCUCCAGCAAGCUGCAGCCCGCCGACAGAAACUCCAAGAUGCUCUAUCCCUGCACAAGCUGAACCGAGAGGCAUACAUAGUGGAGACAUGGAUUGAUGAGCGCGAAAAUCGUCUUGACACUGCCCUUACGGUUGACAAGGGCAUGGAUCUGGAAGAGUGCCAGGUUAUUGAGCAGCGCUUUGAAGGCUUCCAACAAGAGCUGGAUGCCAAUGAACGACGUGUUCAGCUUGUCAAUGAGCUGGGUGGUAACCUGAUUGAGAAAGGUCACAUCAACUCCGAUGAGAUCAAAGAGACAAUUGACCGGCUCAACACAAGAUGGUGCAACCUGCGUGACACUGCAAAUCAGAAGAGAGCUAAACUAGAUAAGGCUCUUAGACUCCAACAAUUCUAUGCCCAGACACUAGAAACAAAGACUUGGAUCAGUGAGAAGUCGAGUCUUUUGAUUACGGAAGAGGAUGUCACUAACAUGAAGGACCUUGCAACGGUUAUGGUUCUGCAGCGCAGACUCAACAAUAUCCAGAGAGAUCUUCCAGCUCUUGAGGACAAGUGCACAAGUCUUGAGAAUGAUGCCCAGCAGCUCUGCUCAGAAUAUGAAGGGGAACCUGAGGAGGAGAUUGUGAAAGAGAAGAUCACAGUAGUCAGCUCAUCCUGGGUGGAGAUGAAAGAUAACGUAAAGCAGCGGGACGAAGCCCUCGCCGAAUCCGGAGAACUACAGAGAUUCGUUAUUGAUUUAGAUGACUUCCAAAUCUGGUUGAGGCACACACACAACGAGGUAGCAUCUGAGGACAUUCCUAACAGUCUGUCAGAAGCAGAGAGAUCCCUCAAGGAGCAUGAAGACAUUAAGGAUGAGAUUGACACGCAUGAGCCAGACUUCCAGAAGCUGAUUGAGGAUGGUCCAAAGUGGGCGCAGGACGAGUCCGAUUUACAGCAGCAAUCCCUGAAAGAGCAGCUCGAUCAGCUGCAAAGCGGAUGGAAGGACCUUCUUGUUCUGUGGGAGAACAGGAAGAGGCUUCUUAUCCAAGCCUUGAAUCACCAGCUGUUUAUCCGUGAUGCCAAGCAGUGUGAGGCUCUACUUGGCCAGCAGGACUUGUUCCUCUCGAAGGAGGAAGUUGGGGCCACAGUUGAGGCGGUUCAAGAGCUGAUUAAAAAGCACGAAGAGUUCUCCAAGCGCAUGGAUGUACAAGAUGAGAAGAUAAACCAGAUGAUCCAAUUUGCUCAGCGACUCGCUAAUGAUGGCCACUAUGCACAAGACAAAAUCACCGAAAAAGCACAAAAUCUUCACGAGAGGCGAAAUGCGAAUCGCCAGAAACUUGAAGCUGCUCUUCAGCGACUUCGUGAUGCACUUCAACUACAGCAGUUUAUUCAGGAUGCAGAGGAUAUGUACGACUGGUUGAAUGAGAAACACCAAGUUGCAUCGGAAGAGAGUUACCGUGAUUUGAGCAACAUUCAAGGCAAAGUGAUGAAGCAUGAGGCUUUUGAGGCGGAACUUCAGGCCAACAAAGAAAGACUGGAUCAGAUCAGUGAGUCUGGGCGUGACUUAGCUGAUGAGAAACCCGAAAACAAACCAGAGAUUGAUGAGCUCCUGCAGAAACUUGACCAGAAGUGGUUAGAGCUGGCUGAAGUGUCCAAACACAAGGGCAACAAACUGAAAGACGCACAGAGACAGGAAGAGUUCAAUGCCGGUGUGCAGACAAUGCAGGAAUGGGUGAAGGAGCUCGAGACUGUUAUCAUCACACAGGAGAAGGCAACCGACCUCACGACAGCUACCAGGCUUUACCAGAAACACAAGCAAUUAGAGAAGCAAAUCAAUGCCAAGAAGGAGCGUCUGAAGGAACUGGAUGCGCAAGCGGCAGAUAUGGUAGAUGCUGGACACUUCGAUCCCAAUGCUGUACAGGAGACCAAAAUCAUUCUAGAAGAAAAGUAUGAAUGCCUUGAAGCACCACUCGCUGAGAAAGGAGCCGAGCUUGACCAGGCCAUGCAGUUCUUCCAGUUCGACCGAGAUGUAGACGAUGAGGAGACCUGGAUCAACGAGAAAGAGCCUCUGCUCCAGUCCACCAACUAUGGAAACAACCUGUUUGAAGUCCAGAAGUUGCAGAAGAAACAUCAGACUCUUUGUGCAGAGAUUGACAUCCACCAGAAGCACAAGGAGCGCAUCUGUAACCAGGGUGACGAACUUGUACUGGGGUACCACCCUCAGGCAGAGGACAUUGAGCGACGCAGAAAAGAGCUGGAGGAAAAAUGGGAUGACUUGAAGAAACAGUCAGAUGCGUACAAGGCCCAGUUAGAUCUCUCCUUGCAAGCCAAACAGUACUAUUUUGAUGCGGCGGAGGCUGAGUCCUGGAUGAGUGAACAGGAGCUUAAUAUGAUGGGAGAUGAUCGUGGGAAAGACGAGGCUAGCGCUACGGAAAUGCUUAAGCGGCAUGAGACGCUUGAGGCUGCCAUUGCCGACUAUGCUGAGACUGUGAAUGAGCUGGGAGAAACUGCUAAUGGCCUGGUAGAGAGCAAUCACCCUGAAAGCGAGCAAAUCAAGAUCAGACAGAAUCAGAUCGAUAAGCUCUAUGCAGGCUUGAAAGACCUGGCCGAGGAGCGACGUGGCAAACUUGACGAGACGUUGAAGCUGUACCAGUUGAACCGCGAGGUGGACGACCUGGAGCUUUGGAUUGCAGACAAGGAGCAAGUGGCGGGUUCCCAGGAUAUCGGCCAAGACCUUGCUCACUGCGAGCUUCUUAUUGAGAAAUUCCGUGACUUUGCCCGCGACACGACACACAUCGGAACAGAGCGCGUUGCCUCGACUAAUGGCGUGUGCGACCAGUUGAUUGGUACGGGGCAUUCGGACGCCGCCACCAUCGCGGAAUGGAAGGACGGCAUCAACGAGUCGUGGGCCGACUUGCUGGAACUCAUUGAGACCAGAACAAAGAUGCUGGAGGCUGCAUUAGAGCUGCAUAAGUACUACCACGAUGCAAAAGAAGUGCUGGCGAUGAUCCAAGAGAAAGAUAAUCUGAUGACAGAAGAGCUUGGUCGAGACUUGAACAGUGUACAGCAGCUGCAGAGGACGCACCAGAGCUUUGAGGCAGACCUCGCCCCCUUGGGCCACCAGGUCUCAGGCAUCCAGGAGGAGGCUGGUCGCUUACUGGGAUCGUAUGCAGGCGAAAAAGCCUCCGAAAUACAAGCCAAGGAAGACGAGGUCGUCCAGGCUUGGAAGAACUUGAAUCUACGUGUUCGCCAGCGAACGGACAAACUGCAUGACGCGGAUGACUUGUACCGCUUCCUCAUCGCCGUGCAGGACCAGAUGCUCUGGAUGAAUGAUAUGCUUAAGCACAUCCUUACCUACGAGAAGGCCAAGGAUGUAUCUGGCGUUGAGGUACUGAUGGACCAGCAUCAAAGUCGUCACGUGGAGAUCGAGGGACGAGAAGAGAGCUUCUUUGGUGUCAUCAAGAUGGGAGAGCAGCUUCUCGCCAAGAGCCACUACGCAUCUGCUGAGAUUCGCGAGAAAAUCAACAUGCUUCACAGGCACAAGGACGAGAUGUUACUGGAAUGGAAGAAGCGCUGGGAACACCUUGGCCUUAUCCUGGAGGUGAUGCAGUUCGCACGUGACGCUUACACUGCCGAAGCAUGGAUCAUGGCACAAGAGUCGUACCUACGCAAUGAAAACCUCGGCAUUGACUUGGCAGAAGUAGAAAAACUCCUGGAGAAGCACGGCAACUUUGAGAAAGUAGUAGCAGCACAGGAAGAGCGAUUCCUUGCGCUAGAGAGACUAACACAGUUCGAGCUCCGCGAGGCCCAGCGCCGACAAGAAGAGAAAGCACAGAGGGAACGAGAAGAGAGAGAGAGAAUAGAACGAGAAGAACGAGAGAGACAGGCGGCGCAUGAACGACAGCAGCGAGAAGAAGCGGAACAAAGGAAACGUGAGGAGGAGGAACGCCGACGGGAGGAGGAGGAGAAGAAAGCGAAGGAGAAUGGCGAAGAGGAUAUUACUGCGUCUGCUGCUCGGGAUGUCGAGUCGCGACCUGGAGCUGGCGAAGAGAAAGAAGAUCACGAGGAGGAAGAAGGGAAAAUGGAAGGCUAUUUGCACCGCAAACCGACCAUGGACGGACCAAACAGAAAGGCAGCCAUUAGGCAAUGGAAGCAGUACUAUGUCAUCCUGAGAGAUAUGGAGCUGCACUUCUUCAAAGACCAAAAGAGCGCUAGAAAUGACCACGCUGCCGCUCAUCCCUUGGCCACCUUGGACAGUGUGUGCGAGGUAGCGUCGGACUACACCAAGAGGAAACAUGUCUUUAGGUUCAGAGUCAGUAAUGGUCAGGAGUUCUUGUUCCAAGCUAAAGACGAGGAGGAUAUGAACAUCUGGAUAAAACACGUACAGGAAUGCGCCCAAGUCCCAGAGUCCCCUGCCAAACCAUCCACGCCCGACCGAAAGGAUAAGAAGGGCAGUGGUUUCUUUAAACGAAAGAGCAAAAAUGUGGAUGAAAAGAAGUAACCAUAAUUCUAGGACUAAUUUAUUCCUAAAAAGCAUAAAACCCAGCCGCGCGUCUAGUGUUUCAGUCCCUUGUUUUACUGUGCUGUGAAACCGCGGUUAUCUUCCACGAGGGCGUGGCCCUGUAGGGGUGUAACCCCGGCCCCAGGUGUAACAAAGAGGGCUCAGCUAGGAAUAUUUUGAGUUUGGGGUGAGAAGAGAUAACGAACGUUUUGUGUUACCAAGUAAAAUUACAUUGUCACGUCAUUUAGGCGUGGAGUUAAUCUAACCUUAAGAAGUUAAACUUACUACUUUAAUUUUCUAGUGAUUUCUAAUGCUGGAGUCAUUUGCGUUUAUCCAUGCAAGUAUUAGGUAUUUUGAAUAUACGUUCAGGAACUACUUAAAACCGGUUUGUGUAGUAUUAUUGGAGGCUUAAACUAUAGUAAUUUCAUUCGUUUGUUACUUUGAAUAAGGAAACAGAUAUAGGAAUAUUUCAUAGUUUCUUCGUUGUAGAUCAAAUCAUACGAUGCUUGUUAUUACAAGAGUUGCAUUGUAUCGGUAAAAUGUGGAAAUAUCCCACGAGAUUAAAUAAACAUAACUGUCGUA